AAUAAAGAGGUGUCGGAACUACUAUGAAAUUCUGGGGGUGGAGAGGGACGCCAGCGAGGAGGACCUGAAGAAAGCCUACCGCAGGCUGGCCCUGAAAUUUCACCCUGACAAGAACCGCGCUCCCGGAGCAACAGAAGCUUUUAAAGCAAUAGGCAAUGCUUUUGCAGUUCUGAGCAACCCUGAAAAACGAUUACGAUACGAUGAAUUCGGAAGUGACCAAGAGCACGUCAGCACUGGUCAGGCCAGGCACUAUAAUUACUACACAGAAUUUGAAGCAGACAUUACACCAGAAGAAAUAUUCAAUGUAUUUUUUGGUGGACACUUUCCUACAGGAAAUAUCCAUAUGUUUUCAAAUGUAGCCAGAGAUGCACACUACUAUCCACGGAGGCACCGAAAUGAAAGAGCAUGGACACAGGAGCAAGAGGAGGAAGAAAACAGGCCACAGAAUUCAUAUUCUGCAUUUAUUCAGUUGAUGCCAGUUUUCAUAAUAAUAAUUGUGUCAGUUAUAACUCAAUUGAUGGCCACUAACCCACCCUACAGCCUAUUCUACAAAUCGUCCAUAGGCCACGUUAUUAGUAGAGAAACAGAGAACUUGCAGGUGCCUUACUAUGUUGAUAAAAACUUUGAAAAGAAUUAUCAAGGAGCAGAACUUCAAGAGCUAGAAAAAAACAUUGAAAAAGAUUACAUAGACUAUAUUCAGACCAGCUGCUGGAAGGAGAAACAGCAAAAGUCUGAUUUGUCAAAUUUGGCCAAGCUAUACAGAGAUGAGCGAUUAAAACAGAAAGCAGAAUCACUGAAACUUGAGCACUGUGAGAAGCUCUCCAGUCUGAUUGGAAUGCACAAAGGGGGCUGACCAGGACACACACGUUCUGUAGUUUUAUUUAUUGCUGGUUUAACUUAUGUUUUUAUUUUCCUUUGUAUAAAAAGGGAAGGAGUCUAUUGUAAAGAGUCUGAAUAUUCGAGUCCUUCUGCAUAUAGUGCAGAGAUGGGCCAACACAAGCUGUAGAGCUAGUGUUUGCUGUAAUAUAGACUGUACACUAUAUUUGGUUCCAAGGACCAGUGGCACUUUCUAAAUGAAUUCCCUGGGAAACGCUAUUAGUUUGGAACCUGUCUUCAUCGGUAGGUUGUCUGCCAUCCAAACAGUAUAUACUUCCCAGGAGAGCAGACAAAUGUCUUUGCUUUCUGUAUUU